CAAUGCUUGCUGAAUUGGGCAAUUUUGUUAGGGCUCCGGAAGAAGGGUAGAAGGAAAAGGACAAUGAAGCUGAAGCAACUAGAAAGCCUCUUAGGCAACCUUCAGCAAUUCUCCAACCCAAAGGUGGAGCUGGAGCAGUACCCUACAGGACCUCACAUCGCUUCCCGCAUGCUCUACAUGGCGGAGAAUUCAUAUGGGGAUGUGACUGAAAAGGUAGUGGCGGAUUUAGGCUGCGGAUGUGGAACAUUAGGCGCUGCAGCUGCUCUGAUGGGCGCAGAACAGGUAUUUGGUAUUGAUGUUGAUUCGGAAUCCCUUGAGAUGGCAACGGCUAAUGCUGAGGAUCUCGAGCUGGACAUAGAAUUUGUACAAUGUGACAUCAGGAACCUAGGAUGGAGAGGUUCUAGUGUUGAUACAGUGGUGAUGAACCCUCCAUUUGGGACACGGAGGAAGGGCGCGGAUAUGGAGUUUCUCUGUGCAGCCUUAAAAAUUGCUUCUGGAGCAGUAUAUUCGUUACACAAAACAUCAACGAGAGACCAUAUUAAAAGGGCAGCCUUGCGUGACUUUGGUGCUAAAACUGCCGAGGUUUUGUGUGAGCUCCGGUUCGAUGUUCCACAACUAUACAAGUUCCAUAAGAAGAAGGAAGUGGAUGUCGCAGUAGACCUUUGGCGGUUCGAGCCAAAAGAUUAAUCCAGGCAAAGGAAUUUGAGUGCCCCUCAAAACAUAUCCUACAUGCGACAAAACGCAUUUGCAGUUGGGAAAUGAUG